UGUUCUUUUGAUUAUUAAGAAUCAUGCACACACAUUUCACGACAGAUCAAUCGUAUAAACAUUAAUUAUUUGACACAAAUGUACGUUUCCGGGCACAUGGUCUGCUUUGUUGUCCUCAUUCUCGUGAGAAAUAAAAUAAACGUUCAGUAAACGCACUUAAGACGUAUUUGUAACGAGACACUCCCAUAAGAUCAUGACUAGUAUGUCACUCGGAGCAGCAUGCACGGCAAGAUGGGUCGUUGUGUACGUUGCGACAGGAAUUUAUUCGUAGGUUUUUCAAUUUUGUUGAGAUCUAGAUUACAAGCUAAAGUAUUUGAGCUUACCUUUCGGCUAAGAUUUACACUGAAACACAACACUUUGCAUUCUUGUUUAAGUAUAUACAUUGCAUGGUUACAAGAUGUAUUUAUGUUCUUGUCUCAUUUAACCAUUGGUUAGGUGAGAAUAUAUAUAAAUGACAAAAUAUCUGAUCUUAAAAUCUAGUCACCCACCUGAUUUCCAGUGUGAACUGUGAAGAUUCAGAGGUAUUUCAGUAUGGAGCCUAACCACAGUCGGUGACUUUUGACAAUAGCUAGAAGCCCAGGUCUAGCAAUAUUUCUUUAUGUCUUGUGUGCUGUCCUUAUAAAUAUCCAUACAUUUGAAUCAAGAUCUACAGGAAUGAAACAAAACACAAGUAACAAAAUUGGACUAGUAGAUUCAAAGUGGUUGGCACAGACUGUAACCAUCGUUUUAAAGUUAUCUAUUGAAAAGAUAGGAAAUAAAUGUCGGACAAUCUAGAAAAGGGUCAGCAUGUUUAAUAAUUGCUUAUGAUGUUAUAUCAAAACAUGUUAGUUAUCUAUUUUGAGUUUUUAUCCACACUGACAAUGUCUGAACUAAUGUCUCAUAUCAUUCAUGAUUGCUAUUAAUCUUUUGUGGGAUUUGCACCCUACCCACAAAAGGUCCACAAUAAUCUUGACUAUUUUGCAGGCAAUAUCAACUAUACAAUGGACUUGGGUGAAAAUGAUGCCUUCGGGCUCCAAGAAGUUUUGCCAAAUUUGUCACAGUCGGCUUAAGCUCUACCAGAUCAACUUCAACGAAGCUAUCCAGUUGUGUGAGAACAAGGCUUGUUGCUUUCCCCUGGAGUCCCCGACUGGAAGUAUCAGUAUACAGCCCCGAGACCUCUCCCAUGUGCCAGUCCUGAAACGGAAGUCCACUUCAUCCAGGAGUGUCAAGUCCUCUUUCUCUUCACCUUUUGGGACCCCAACUGUUCUAUCUCCCACUUUCUCCCUGCCGCCCUGUGGACCGUGGAAAUUGCCAGAAUUGGGAACAGAGGGUGUUGAAUUCCCCUUCGUUGACUCAGCACAUGAAAACAGCGUCACCCCUGUGAAAGCAGCAAUUUCCUGUUUGAAUGGGAACACAGAAGAACUUGACCUUGAGGGCUUGCUAAACAGUGGUGCUUUUGAUGAACCUGUGAAAAGUGAUAACAGCUUGUGCAUUUUGAAAGAUUUCAAAGAACCUCCUCCUUUAAAAACUCAAAAUCCUCCUGCUGCAGCAGUUAACAAUGGACUUAGCUCAAACUGUAGUGAUUUCACGAAUAAAUAUGUCAGCAAAUCUUCAAAGGGUGUAUCCAGAAACCCAUUUGAUGAACUCUUAGUCGCUUUUGAUGAAAAUACCAAUGUGUUUCCUUUUGACACUGAAUUGACAAUUGGUUUGACUACAGAUGUCUCAAAUGGAUUUGGUUUGCAGGAGUUUACGAAUGGAUUGAGGUUCCAUCAGGAAGAUGCUCAUAUAUCAGAUAAGGAACUGAAUAUUGUCAGUGCCAAUAAACUUAAUAGUUUUCAUGAAUCAGAGAAUUCACUGGAUGCAGAAGUGAGAGACAUAUUUGAAUCUAGUAAAUUGAUAUUUGAGAAAAACAAUUUGUGGAGGUGUUUCUCAAAAGACAAAAUGAUGGCCCCCAUUAAGGAUAACGAAACAGGUGUAACUGAGGCUAAGCAGGAGUCAGCUGGCGAAGACACUGUAAAUGCAGGUACAGAACAAGAUGAUACUUGUAAUAUUCCAGGUGAAAAUGUGACCUGUGAAUCUGGAAUCCUGACUGGCAGUGCUGGUGCCCUAGAGGGUACAUGCGAGUCAGGGAGGGAGGAACUCACUCCGGACAGUGUUCAUAAUGGGGAGAACAAUCAUACUCAGCUAGAGAGUAACAUUGUGGACCAGAAUCCUGUUAUGGAGCCAGCUACAGCUCCGAGCAUGGACAGUCAGUGUGAAGUUCCAACAACUGUUGGAGAAGACAUGCCAGUGUCUGUGUCAGAUGUCCAGGUAACAGACCAACCACCAGUAGAGCUUAUGGAAUAUCAAGAACAAGAAGACAUUCCUGAGCAUAUAAGCAAUGACAAUCUAGAACAGGAGUUUGUUCUGCCAGAGAGUCAAAGGGAGCAGGAUUCUCCUGUAGUCCAGGAACUGACAAACCCUGAAGCUUUGAUGCAUGUCGAUAAUUCAGAGGAAAACCCAGAUGUAGAUGAGUUUGAUCAAUCAAGUGUUCAAGCAAUGGAGACUGUCCAGAUUGUGCCUGAAGCGUUUUCUGUACAAAUAGACACAGUUAUCCAAGAAGAUCCUGAAGACAGUCACACUGGAACAGAUUUUCAUGGAGAGCCAGAAGUAGUUGCUGCUUCUCUGGAUGAUGUUAGCAACACAGACGGCACAGCAGAAAGUAUUCAAGUUGCUGGUGAAGCAUUCAAUGACAACUCACAUGGUUCUCCUGAAGUCAAGGAGGACUCAGCAACAGAUGCACAAAUACAGGAUGAAUCAGUUGAGUCUGAAACAGUUGUUGCAGAAGUGGUGGACUCUGAUGUUCAGGAGACAAAUAUGGACCAGUUUGAAAUGCAAGUUGUUCCUGAAACAGGGGAGAGCAUAGUUUUGGAGGAACCAUGUCACACAGCUCCUGAUAAUUCUGAUAUUCUGUAUGAGCAGGUGGAGCUUGAAUCUACAGUGAUCAGUGAACAGGGAGGUGUAGAUAUAGCUGAACAGGAGGUUACCUCAGCAGCACUGGAGGAUCAGGAUACAGCUGCAAUUACUGUUAACACCACUUAUGUUGAAACAACAGUAACAGGUGAAGAGGAAGAUCCAGGACGAGGUGACAGUGUCUACCCAUCUGUUGAUCUACAGAAUAGUUUUAGAGCUGUACAACUCCCCACUGCUGUAGUCGCUACAGCUGAUGCUGAUGAAUGUGGGGGUGAAGUGACAUCAGCCACGGCAACAGUUGUCUGUAAUGAUGAGUUUUCUAAAUCUGAUGCUUGUGAAGAAAGUCAAAUUGUGAAUGCUGGACAAUUGGUAGGCAUGAAUAUAAACAUUCAGGCUCAGAAUGAGACAGAGUUGGUCGGUGGUGAAACUGUUGUUGGUACAGCGGAAAAUAUGUUUGUAGAAACAUGUGAGACAUUCAUAGCUGCUGGUGAAAGUUUGCAGGCUGAAGCAGGCGUUGAAGGCACAACAGACUCCACUAUACCAACUGUGAGUGUUCAGACUGUAGAGAUACCUUGUGAACAAACCAUAGUAGCUUGUGAACAAACCAUAGUAGCUUGUGAACAAGCCAUAGUAGCUUGUGAAGAAGAAGUAGCUAUUAAUCACACAGUCAUUGAGCCAGGCAGCACAGAAGCUAUUCAAGAACAGUGUGCAGAUAUCCAGGAUGGGACUGACGUCGUGUCAUCCUCAUCAGUGAUUGUGACUCAAGGUAUGAGUAUCAUUACUGGGAACUUGGAAGAGUCGGCUGUGACUGGGAUAGCUCCACAAUCAUUUGAAUACUCAACAAUUGGUCAGAUUUCAGAAACUAUUGUUGAUGCUCAGCCCUUUCAGACGAUAGAAAAUGUGCCUAUCUUAGAACACGAGGUGUCCGAGGCUUCCAAACCACUUGUUGCCACGGAGAUGCUGACUGCUGAUGAGAUGCAGCAGCCUAUUGAAAGCUUCAUGGAAGAGACCGUGGAGAGUGUUCCAAGUCAGGCACCCGAUGAGAUGAUGUCCGAAAAUGCUCCUCUCUCAGAACAUGAUCAGAUAACACAGGCUGUUGUGAACAAUACUGGCAUGGAAGUUGCAGACCAUCAAGAUUUACAGCUGGAAGAAUUUGUAGUUCCUGUGUCAGAACUAACAGGCUCUGCUGGUGGAGUGGUUGAGAAUCAGGUAGUGAGUGUCCCACUCGAGCUUGUAUCAUCAGAGAUGCAAGGUGCCGAUUCCGAGGCUCCCAUAUCUUAUACUGAGACUAUGAUAGGAGUCGACCAUGUUGUUGUCAAUCAAAGUGAAGGGUUAUUCUCUCAGGAGGGCUCUGAUGAAAUCAUGGAUGUUCAUCAAGCCGGCCUCCCUAGUCAAAGUGAAGUUGAUCACAGUCAAGGCUUGUCUGAGAACAUGAUACUGAUGAACAAACAACAUUUAGUGGAUACGAGUGUCCACACUGUUCAGCCAAACACAAUUAUUAAUAUGCCAGUUUCCAACCAAAGUGGUAUUUUUACACUAGCAUCUCAGACAAUGCCAAAUGUUAUUUCAUGUCCAGUAAUAUCGACAUCUGUUCAAGAACAGCCAUCGUCCCAUCUGAGCAGUGUAUCUGAAGUGACAUUAACAGAAGCUCAGACAAUACAGAAGGUUCCGGUCCUGGUCAGUGAAUCCUCCUUAGCUUCAUUGCCUGGAUUGACAGCUAUGACUUCUCCAUGUCCUGAAGGACAAGACUCUGUCUCAACUGCAGUCCCCACUGUAACAGAGCAGGACCACACUACCCAGGGAGUUGUUAGUCACUCCAUAAUUCCACGGUUAAAUAUGCUGAAAUAUAUAUCAAAUGUUACAUCAGCUGCACCAAAGCAACCAGUUCGACUCGGGGAAAUUGCUGAGGCAGACCUUGGACCAAUAACUCUUUUGGAUAAGAAGUGUCUGAACUUGUUUGUUCAGUGGCAAAACAAAGAUGCCAUGUGUUGGCUUGAUGUGGUGAUGAUAGUACUUUGUAACAGUGUGACUAUUCAGAAACUUUUCACUGAUGAGAAGUCUGCAGAGUCGGUGAAGGACAGUGUAUUAACAACACUGCUUAAGGCUUAUUACCAAGCUCAAAGUCUCAUGCAAAAGCUCACUGCCAAAGAACAGGAAGAUCACAAGGAAGCAAUUGCGGAAAGUUUGGCCAAAGAAUCACAGCCUGAUUCAGGCAAGGCUGAUACUGUCCUACCAGCUGGUGAAAGCGCCAGCUCCACAUUUGCUCAGAAUGGAGAGAGUCUGAAGCCCGACAAUACAGUGGAACCUGAUACUGAAUCCCCAGCCGUCAAGAGUACACCCACUGAUGCUCAAGGAACUGGUGACACUCAACAAACACAAUCAGAAACACCCACCCGAGUCAGCAGAAUCUCAAUAAAGAGUUUAACUGAAUAUUCCAAAGCUAUGGACAUAUUGGACAACAUUAGAGAAAAUAUCUGGGACGUUCUGCAGCCCAGAUUGCAGUGUGUAAGAGGCAAGAAUGACAGUCCGCUAUUUGCCUUGCCUCUGCUUGUGAGAGAGCCAGCAGUGCUGAAGGAGAAAUUCAAGAUCAAAUACAAGUACACCUUCACCUGUGAUCAGUGCUCCUACCACCAGGACGAUGAGCAUUCCAAGAUACUGCCCUCCUUCCCACAGGUGCCUGCAGAUUUUAACAUGAAGGAACCAUGCUUUGUGAGAAACUGCUUCCAGUGCAGCGCUCCUGGGAAGAGGAUGAAAAUGACUUUCAAGAGCAUCCCCGAUAUACUGCUGCUCCACUUCAAGGAAGGGCUGCCUCACAGUGGCUUUGACCAGCUCGGCUUUGUGUUUGGAGCAGAUGUUUACACAGUGACAGCUGUCAUACAGUACAAGAACAACCCUGAUCACUUUGUGGCCUGGAUCAGGAAUGGCACAGGCAACCAGUGGAUGGAGUGCGAUGACCUCAAAUCCACGCUGUGUCAGUAUACCACAGAGUUACCAGCUAUUCCACCUAAUCAGGUCCACAUCAUUAUGUGGGAGAAGAAUGUUCCGUCUCAUAAUGCAGCCAGAGAUCUGGUCGAGACCCCAAUGGCCAAUGUUCUGCACUCAUGUGUUCGUAUCAUGCAGCCGGACUUCCUGUCAGGAAGUAACGUGGUGCUGUCAGCCAAAGAACUAUUAGCUCGUGGUUUGAAACGUAAAGCAGAGGUCGCAGGUCAGAAUACUGUAAAGUAUAUCCUGUCCCAAAGCACAGGACGCAGUCUGCCCGGAAUUCUGACUCUUCCAGCUGGUUCCAGUCCUGGAGGUGUGCAGACAAUGAAAAUAGUGUCCCUCCCACCAACUAGCUCAGCACCAGGAGUUAUUACCAGUGCAGCAGGGUUGCCCGGACUUAAGGCGGUUGCUACAGCACCUUCACAGAUCCUGACAAGUGGUCAGAUUUUACAAGCAGCUGGAACUUCAAUUAAACCGAUAAUCUUGCAAAGUAAAACCAGACCAACCAUUCUGUCCAACACAUCCUCUGUGGCAUGUAAUGCACCUGGGGUAUACCAAAUUCUGCAGAAGAGUCAGAUGACAUCUUCUCCAACUGCCAGUCAGACUUCACUUCCAACAAUGAUGAAGGUGGUGCAGAGUGGGAAUAAGCUUGUGUGCCUUCCAGCUGAGAAACAUGACACUCAGGGCACAACAGUUGUGAGUGAAAAACAGUUGACCUCGGGUUCAAUCAUUGUAGGAAACCAGCGUUUAAUUCUGCCUCAGUCUCAAAAUGUACCAGGACUGCAACCAUCUCUUCUUACUGCCAGUGCUGGCACUCAGCCCAAUUUGCAAUAUAUUCAACUGGAUAAGUCCCAGUCUCUUGUGACAAGUUCAGCCAGUGCUGGCAGUUUGCAUGGAACCUCAGCCCAGGCCGGCAAGCUGCCAGUCAUCUCAGCAUUGAAGGAUGGACAAGGCACUACUACUCUUCUUGCUCAACAAGUGGGUGGUAUGGCCAAGACCUAUACUGUAGGAGCAGAUGGUAUCCUUCAAGAGAUAGACAGGGAUGCUGUUGGUAACGAAUCCUCUCCGAUCAAGAAGCAAAGAGUGACUGUUCUUCAAGGAUCUCUGCCAUCAACGCCCAGCAUGUCUGGACCUAAAAUCAUAGUGAAGAAGAAAACUGAGAGUGGGGAAAUAGUGGAAAGUGUUGUAACUGAUCUAGACCAGCAACAAAGUAGUGACUUUAUGAAAGCAAUAGAAGCAUUGAAAAGUGGGGACACGCAAGCUGGGACUCUCAUCCAGCAGCUUAUAAAGAGCAAGAUGACCAACCAACCACAAUCUUUUAGUCCAGUGUUGUCUGAUGAAGGCCUGUCUUCAUCAGACACUGGGGCAAUGAAGGUAAUCAGUGUUAAACCAGCAACACAAGCAAUAGGGCAACAGACUGUGCCGAUGCCAGGUGGUAGUGUCAUUAAGAAAUAUGUUCAGGUUGGUGACAAUACGAUUCAGGUGAAAAGUCAAGAAAUGUUGCCUGUCAUAGAGAGAGGCAGGGGAAGAGGACGUGGAAGAGGGAGGGGAGGCAGAAAACAGAAAGAUCCUCCUCGGCCUGGACCAAGUAUAAAUAAUCAGACCUCUGCAGAGACACCAAUAGACCUCACAUCCUUGCAGAGCAGCCCAGAGGCCAUGAGAGCUGUCACAUCAGAACCACAACAUAUUGUCAUUGCAUCACCACCAGGACAGACUAUUCAUUCUGGAAUCAAAUUAAUAGGCAGCCCAACCUCCCAAGGAAAUAUAUCUACAUCUAAAGUGAUCAAACUCUUGGCAGGGUCUUCAAAAGAUACUCAACUUAUUGGACAGUUGGCAGCUAGCCAAGCCGUAGUUAGCAGUGCUUCUUUGGUGUCAGGAAGACAGAUUCUGCCUCAAGGACAAACAGCCACUUAUGCUGGUACUUCUUUGAUAUCUGGACAAAAGGUAAUACCUCACUCAGUUGUCACAUCCGUGGGCUCAGUGGCUUCUUUGAUAUCUGGUCAGAAACUGAUUCCCCAAGUUCACACAUUGGGUACAGCCUCCGGGUCAGUUUUAGUGUCCCCUGGACCACAGGUGAUACCUCAGGUACAGACAGUGACAUCGCCUCCUCCUGUUACUUCCAUGAUGGCUGGUCAGAAAGUAUUAUCUAAGGUACCAACAGUGACAGCUACUGCAGGAAAGAAGGUCACAACACUAUUGGCAAGUCAUAUUAACCAAGAGGCAGUCUUCAAAAAGAAUAUUGCAAAUCCUGAACAGAAAGUCAUGCCAGGGAAGAAGGGGUUGCAAGACAAAAGGAAACCUGUGCUGUCUUCGGAAAAGUCAAGCCCAGUGAAAUUUUACUUUCCUUCUGGUAAACCUAUACCUUCAAGCCAGUCGCCUGUUGGUACGAUAUCACAAACAUCUCAGCCUACGGCCUCUAGUCCAGCGACUCAGCCUAUAAGUCGAAGUAUAACAGGUGCAAUGCUUACACCACACAAGACUAUAUCGGUUGUUCCGAAUACCCCAUCGUUGCAGCCAGUCACAUCAUUAAUAAAUCAGCAUCCACAACAGAGAAAUGAAUCUCAGAUCUCUAAAGGAAGCCUGUCUUCACCAACAUCUCCUCCAGCAGGAGCUUCAAGCCUGUCCCCAAGAUCAACUGUUGAUGCAAGUCAAUCCCCAGGAGGGUUUUCCCCUGGUGCAGAUGUUGAGCUGAUGUCAGACUCAGAUGGGUCCACUUCUCCAACUAAAAUGCCAACCCGUGGUCCUGUUAUCUCAGUGCGUGGAGCACAAGGUGAUGCUGCAUUACUUGCCAAAGCUAUUCAAGAUUUAAUGAAACAAGGGGUGACUAUACAACAAAUACAAACACCAGGGUUCCUUUCCAAGCUGCUAACCACAAUGAAAUCUUCAGCUCACCCUGCAACAGCCCCAGAGGGGGUUACUGCAAAGAGUCUGAUUCAGACAACACAUGGGACAAAGAAACCAGUUCCAGCUGUUGCUAAGUCUCAGAAACCGAAGACAAUUGUGAAGUCCCCAUCACAUACAGUAACAAGCAAGUCUGCAGAUUCUUACGAAGUGUUGCCCAAACCGGCCAUGGGCAACAUGGCUGCCACACAAAUAGGAACUGUGGGUGCUGGUGCAGUAACCAGUCCAGGUUCAGCCUCAGUUGAAGCGAUGUCACCACCUAAGCUAAUAUCACUCUCUGAAGAAUCAUCAAGUGAUUCUGAUUUAACAACAGCUAAGUCAGCAGUUAUUGUGAAACCUGGACAAUCAUACCUAGCUGCAGUGAAACCAUUUCUGAAACUGAAACCAACUGAACCUGUCAACCAGUCUGUGUUUGAUGGAUACAAGUUAAAGUCGGGGACAGUUACGAGUACACAAACAAAACCUGUCAGUGGGUUUACCACUAUAGACAUGCAGAGUGACCAAGUCCAGGGCACGGAUGGCAGUGCCAACACAAUGCCCAGUCCUGUGAUUACUCCAGUCCCAGUAGUUGCAUCUUCAUCCACGAGUCAAAUUACUUCAACUAGUCAGGACUCUGUGAAAGCAGUAGAAGCUUCACAGCCAAGUCAAACAGUCACAUCUUCUCCAGAAGGAAAAGCAGUGAAAACAACAGCCAAAUCCAGCAAAGUCAUUAAGGCUAUAACCCCAAUUAGAAUGCUACCAAUGACGUCUCCUGAAAUAAAAGCAGCUGUAAAAAGGUCUAUAGUAAAAACUGAUGUUUCACCUGGAAAGGUUACAAAAGGACCUUCAGAGGUAAUGGUAGUUGAAAUUCCUACAGCUGGUAAGAGCAAGAAGUCCAAUCCACUAGAUCUGAUUGCUGAUGCUGCAAUAUCCCGAUUAACUGUUCAGAAGGACUCUGAUACUGAAACACUCCCUGAGAUUUCUGUGCCAUCAAAAGGACGAGGCAGAGGCCGUGGUAGGCCACCCAAAAAUGCUGCUCGUAAUCAGACUCCAAAGACAGAUUUGGUUCAGGCUGCUGCUAAUCCUGAACCAAUAAAUACCAAGAAAGGUCCAGAUCUUUCAGGACCAACAAAAAAGACACCAGGGCACAAAAGGAGCUUCAUGGAUGCUUUUGAGCUACCAGUGGUGACAGACAUGUUGACAGAUGAAAUUCCCAAUUCAUCUCUGUCCACACCUGUCCCAGAAGCCACCAAGGAUACUGUUGUGGAGGAUGGACAAUCUACUGCAGCAUUGAAUCAAACAUCCCCUGUAAGCUAUGGAACACCCAUAGGAAAAUUACAGAAGCUCAAUCCUGGUUCAAUAGAUCUUGUUACAAUUGCUGAUACACCCAGAACUAGAGGCAGGCCACGCAAGCAAGCGACAGUGCCAUAUGGCACAAUAACACCCAAACCACCUGUAGGAAGAGGUAGAUCUCAACAGCAGUCACCUUCUGCAGGAAAAGGUCCUAGACAGUCAUCUGAUUCUUCAACUGUUACAGAUUCUCAUACUCGGAUGUCACGAAGACAGUCAUCAGAGGAAAUGGUCAAGUUAGACACUCCAGAAACUAAACCUAGAGGACGUCCUCGGAAACAGUCAACAGAUACAAGUGAUAGGACACCUGCUGAGUCUCCCGCAGAAUCCAAACCUGUUGGCAAAAUUAGAAGACAGUCGUCUGAUGCUAGCAAAGAAGUAGUUCAAACACCCAAAGAGAGUCGAGGGAGAGGGAGGCCUCCUAAGGUUGUGCACACUUCAAGUCCUGAUACAUCCCAACCUAGAGGUAGACCUCGGAAACAGUCGCUAUCACCAUCUGCCAGAGCCGAUAAAACAUCAGCAAAACUAGCAGCUGAAGAUGGACAUGCAAACAUGUCUGAAAACAACUCGAAGUUGGAACCCACUGAAGUCAAGUCCACCUCGGAGAUACUUGUAGUGUCAGAGGUUAAGUACAUUGGCAAGUACAAGAUCCAUCCGAUUGAGAGACCCAAUACCAGGCGGUUUAGAAACCCUGGUAAGACAGAAGAAUCGCCAUCAAAGCAAACUGAGAAGGAAGAUAACAUUACAGCUGCAAAGAAUGAUGCUGAAAAGCCAACUAAACGACGAGGACGACCACCAAGCAAUCCAGCAAAGAAAGCUAAGAGAGAGUAGAUACAAGAGCACUCUGUAUCCAGUGAAGUUAUGGGCGAUUCCACUUAAGGUGAAAGAAACAAAGUCUGAAUUGAUGGGGAUAUCUUUCAUGUGCUACAGACAAUUUUGCACUAAAACAGAUGUUUUCAAAUCAUAUGGACCGGAUGCCUUUAACAUGUGAAGUCUGAGAGUUUUGUCCAGCAAUAGAAUGUUCUGAAUGUGGUAAUAGAUUUGAGGCAGUUACACACAUGCUGCAAAUGUUUGCAUCAGUGUUGACAUCACAUUAUAUAUAUAUGGUCUGAUACUGUACAUAUGUAUAUGAAAUCUGGGAUGUGCAUUGUGUGUUAAUGAAUUAUGUGGGACGUCAUUCCACAACUAGUAUGCCAUCUUUACCACUGUGCAAGGUGGAAGAAGAUAACUGGAGCAUCGGGCAUUGAUAUUUUACAAAAUGUAAUAUCAAUAAUUGUUCAAAUUAAAAUCACAUUAGACAAUAAUCUGAAAAUAUUAAUUGUAACAGCACAUUGAGAUUAUUGUGCGUUUGUUUAUACUCUUAUUAAGGAUUAUAACACUUAAAAAUCCUCAGAAAUUCCUAAGAAUUCAAGAAUGCUUUUACUUGUGGAAUUGCAUGAACAGUUUAAAAUCUCACUGGUCAUAAUUUGAAAUGUUGCAGUUCAUUGCAUGUUAUCAUUUGAUCAUUCCAGGAGCCGAAUCAGUUGGCUUUAAAUACGUCUUGUAGUAUGACAUAGUUGUUAUAUUGUCCACCAUGAGAGAAUGUUCAUAAAUGAUGUGCUCCUGAUGCACAAUAUAUAGCACAUCCGGGGCAUUGAUGAUUUCAUUGAUGUGCAGUUUCUCGUUUUGUUUAGUAUUUUCUUUUAGUAUAAUGCGAACAUGUAUAAUCAAUUACUUGCCGACUCAUUGUGUUGCAUAUGGUGCUUCAAGUCAUUUACAAGCAAUUUUUAUGACACUUAAAGAUAGAGCUUGUGAAUGUUACACAUGUAUUGAAACAUUGUACAUCAAGUGUAAAUACACAUCUACAUUCACAGCUCAUGCACUAUAUCUAUACCUAUGUGUAAAGCAGUUAAGUCGGCCUGAAGUCAAGUACUUCAUGGGAAGAGAUUUUGUAAAUACAACUUGACAGUGGCAUUAUGAAUUUAUAUUUUUGUUCUGUUAAAUGUUCAAAAUGUUUAUAAACAUGAUUUAUGAAAGAAAA